AUGCAAAUGGAUACAAAUCCCCGACAGCUGCUCCUUGGGCCUCCAGCCCUAAGCCUGUCUUCCCCCUGAGCUUCGGGGAGACUUAGGGCUGCCUGAUCCCUCUGGCCUCUCCCCUUAGAGUCCCAGUGAGCCCCUGUGAGUCAUGGGGGCAAGGGGUGGGCCAGACCCCACAUGGGAGCAGGGACAGGGUUGCCCUCCUCUUGUAAUCCUUUUCCACCCAAAGUAGGGGCAGGCCUGUCAUCCUUCCUGGAUCCCCUGUACCUCCCCAGAUCCCAGGAUCAAACCCAGGGACAGCUGGUUGGGUUUGUUGAGAAGAAGGAUUAUCCAGAUCAGUCCUUCCUAAUCGCAACUCCUAUCCACACCCCCCACAUAGUUACUGUAACCCUCUUCCCCCACUACCCUGAGCUAAGGAACAAAAUUGUGGGUGUUGACAGUGGGCCAUCUCGCACCCUCAUAUUCUGGCUCCUGGAGUGGUUGCUAGGUAGGCCCUGACUGCCAAGGUCAUCGCCGGGGGGGGGGGGGGGAAGGUCACAGCCCGAGGGCCCCUGGAGCUGUGGUUGGUACUGUUCCUUUGCACCCCUGCCAAACCCCAACCUUUAAAUCCUCACAGCUUUGUUCUAAUCCCAUGGGGCCUGAUGCUCUUAUCUCUGCCUGCAGAGACUGGCCAGGGAAGCACCCCUUCAACCCCUCCUCCCCCCAGGGCUUGUGGGGGUCUGCUCCUCUCUGCAGCCUCACACUCCCCCCUCCCUUCCCCUAGGCUGGGCCCAAAGAGGCAAGGAAGCUGCCGCCUCCCUGUCCUCUCCCCUCACCCCUGCCAGUGAUUUCAUUUGCCUGACGUCGUUGGCCCUACCCUUCCCUACCAGUGCCCCCCCACACCCAGAGUGGGGCCAGGCCAAGUCAGCUCCCCUGGCAGCAGAGACCAGGGCAGGUGACGGGCAGGCGUGGCAGCCAAGGGAGUGAGGAGGCGCCUGGGAACUGGAGCUGGAAACCUGGGAGAGGUCCACGCAGAGCCCAAGUAAGAAGGAGGUAGCCUGGCUCUGCUCUCUGGGGCUGGGGGCCGCGGGGACUCCAGCAGGCUGCGGCCGGCUGCACAGGCCUCCAGACCUGGGGGGGCGAGCGGGGAGGUGGUGCAGGCCACCCAGUCAUUUCCCUACUUCUUAGAGUGGGCUCUAGCUCUCGUGAGGAGUCCUGUGUGGGGUGUGAGGGACCGAAACAUAGCCUGGCGGGGAUCCCCCUAUGCCUACCCCAUGUCCCUGGCAGGAGCUGGAGCUACCCCUCAACCUAUCAGCCAUGGGGGAGAUGGAGCAGCUGCGGCAGGAAGCGGAGCAGCUCAAGAAGCAGAUAGCUGAUGCCAGGAUAGCCUGUGCCGACAUUACUCUGGCAGAGCUGGUGUCUGGCCUAGAGGUUGUGGGACGAGUUCAGAUGCGGACACGGCGGACAUUAAGGGGACACCUGGCCAAGAUCUAUGCCAUGCACUGGGCCACCGACUCCAAACUGCUGGUCAGUGCCUCACAAGAUGGGAAGCUGAUCGUGUGGGACACCUACACCACCAACAAGGUACAUGCCAUCCCACUGCGCUCCUCCUGGGUCAUGACCUGUGCCUAUUCCCCAUCGGGGAACUUUGUGGCAUGUGGGGGACUGGACAACAUGUGCUCCAUCUACAACCUCAAGUCCCGUGAGGGCAAUGUCAAGGUCAGCCGGGAACUCUCUGCACAUACAGGUUAUCUGUCCUGCUGCCGCUUCCUGGACGACAACAACAUUGUGACCAGCUCAGGAGACACCACGUGUGCCCUGUGGGAUAUUGAGACUGGGCAGCAGAAGACCGUGUUUGUGGGACACACAGGGGACUGCAUGAGCCUGGCUGUAUCUCCUGACUUCAAGCUCUUCAUUUCGGGUGCCUGUGAUGCCAGCGCCAAGCUCUGGGAUGUGCGGGAGGGGACCUGCCGGCAGACUUUCACUGGCCAUGAGUCAGACAUCAAUGCUAUCUGUUUCUUCCCCAGUGGAGAAGCCAUCUGCACAGGCUCGGACGAUGCCUCCUGCCGCCUGUUUGACCUGCGGGCAGACCAGGAGCUGACUGCCUACUCCCAUGAGAGCAUCAUCUGUGGUAUCACGUCCGUGGCCUUCUCCCUCAGCGGCCGUCUGCUCUUGGCAGGCUACGAUGACUUCAACUGCAUCGUGUGGGACUCCAUCAAGUGUGAGCGUGUGGGUAAGGGCCAGCCCCCUACUACAACCCUGGCCAGGCCUCUUCCCCAGCUCCCCUUGUUUGGACUCUCUUACUGCUGGCCCCGAAUUGCUGGGUCACUGAGCUCUACCCUGGGAACCCAGUCCCCUUGAUUCCCAACCUAGGGCCAUCUUCCCUCAAAGAAAAGUCACUCUGAGCAGCCCUUCUGCACUACCCCAUGCCAACAGCUGCUCCCUGCCAAAUGAGCUCCUCCGGUUACCCCGGACCUGUGGGCCUUCAAUGUCCAGUCAGUUCUGGCUUCGGGAGGGUCCACUGAAAGAAAGAGCAAUCUCAGGGAACUAUGCAAUGAUCAGAAUCAAGAGCUAGGGUGGCCUGGGGGCCCUGACCCCAACCUAGGGGCUUAUCUAGGCCCAGCCUGGUCUGAGGUUGAAUCAGAUAGUGUGGCCUCUUCCCUUGGGAGAGGCCAGGUACUGAAUGAAGAUAACACUGGCCAGAGAGUCAGGAUCCAAAUCUUCAUUCUGUUGCUCACUUUUUGAGUGCCCUUGGGCAACUCACUUCUCUCGGCCUCAGUCUCUUCAUUUGGAAACAAAGGAGGAAGAUGAAAGGGUGAUCUUCUCCAUUGGUCUAGUGCCCAUCAAGGUGCCCCUUGCUUUUCUCACAGCGCUGCCACAUCCAACCUUUCCCUGUCCCCGCCGUCCCCUCCCUCAGAGAGAGUCAGGAGAGAUUGCCUCUAGAGCAACCCUACCUCAGAGCUAAUCCUCUUUUAGUCUCCACCAGGGGCUGCAGGACCGAUGCCUGCCCCCAUCCUAGGAUUCCUGCGUGUGCAUACAUUCCCCCUGCCAAAUCAGCACAGCAAAUGGGCUGACACCUCUCCCUUUUACUCAGGCAUCCUCUCUGGCCAUGACAACAGGGUCAGCUGCCU